CUGAUGGUAGUAGGGGAGAUUCGAGGAUGCCAGUCUUUCCCCGACCACGAUACUGAAGAGAUCCUUUGACGCGAUCCGAUAUUUUUUAUAAUUUCUUUCGUUAAAAUAUAUCAUUUUUUUUUACUCUAAUUUUUUAAACCUACUGAUAUAUUUUUUUGUUUUAAAUUAUUUCCAAUUUAUUAUUUUCCAAUUAUUUUAAUAAAAGUGUAUUUAAUUAUCUUAUCGAGUGUUUUGGAGUUGAUUAAAAAGUAAUUAAUUGAUAAAUUAAGUGAUUUUUUAAAAUGGAAAUAAAAUUUUUUAAAAAUUAUUAAUUAAAAUGUUCGACAUUAAAAUGAAGAUGGAAAUUCAAACUGACGAGAGCUCUUUGGACUUAAUCAGUAGCCCAAGCAGUAUAUCAAGUGUUAAAAAAGAACUAAUAAAUAAUAAUAAUAAUAAUAGUUUGAGUAGUCUAAAUAGUAAUGGAGAAUCAUUGGAUAAUGAGAGUAUUGAUAUGAACUGUGGUAGAUGUGGUGAAAGUAUUAAUGAACGUACAGUGCUUUGUGUUGGGGGUAGAAGGUGGCAUUCUAAAUGUCUAAGAUGUUAUGUUUGUGCUCGAUCACUUAACGAUCAACAUUCAUGUUUUCUAAGAGGGAUGAAACUUUACUGCCGACAUGAUUACGUACUAACAUUUGGAAUAAAAUGCGGGAAAUGUGAUCGAAGCGUUGGAGCUGGAGACUGGGUACGGCGAGCAAAAGAACGAGUUUAUCAUCUGGCUUGUUUUGCGUGCGACGCUUGUUCAAGACAACUUUCAACUGGAGAACAAUUUGCUUUGCUGGAUGCUCGAUUACUUUGCAAAUCCCAUUAUUUGGAUAUAGUUGAAGGAAACAAUACUUCAUCUUCAGAAGACUGUGAUUCGGAAAAUGGCGGCAAGUGUAGUAAAACAAAACGAGUGAGAACGACCUUUACUGAAGAACAGUUGUCUAUUCUUCAAGCAAAUUUUCAACUAGAUAGUAAUCCUGAUGGCCAGGAUCUUGAAAGAAUUGCUCAUGUUACUGGUCUUAGUAAAAGAGUUACCCAAGUUUGGUUUCAAAAUUCAAGAGCCAGACAAAAAAAACACAGUGGAAAAGUUAAAACACAAAUGCAUCAAUCUUCACCAGUAUUACAUCACCAUCCAAGUGAUCUCUAUUCCGGGGGCGUGAACAUGGGCACUUACUUCACCGGCUACCAGGGUAGUAGCACAAGCAGCGAGAGUCCUGACAGUCCCCUCACACCCUUGACACCACUGACGCCGUUGACCCCAACAACGCCUACCCAUUUGCAGCCCCAAUUUUGUCACUAAAGGGAUAUAUAAUUUACGGGUUCCUCGAUCCCAUUCCCGUUCUCAUUUCAUUCCAAAUCCAAAAGGCGUAUAAAUAUCACUCUAUGUUACUUUUCUUUUAAAAUUCUCUACCCGCUGAGAGACACUUUUUUCUACGUUUCUUCUUUAAGAAUAAGGACUUUCUGGAGUACAAUUAUUUUUAGGACUCACCAGGUAGUCUUUUUUUAAAUACAAACACAGCUCUUAAGAAUACGCUGUGGGAUAAAGAAAUAAAUAUAUAUAUAUAUAUAUACAUAUAUAUUACUGCAUUUUUAAAAAA